AUGCGUGCAUGUAUGCGAAGGGACCAACUCAAUCAGCCACAGUGCCAGUCAGUGAUCCUCGCACUACAUCGUAACCGGUUUCGUAGUGACCUUAGGAAAGCUGAAAAAGGAAGAAAAUGGCUGAUGACUGACAGACGAGUAACAGAUGCUUCUUCAAGAUUUAUACGAUUUUGCCGUAUAGUAGGUGUUAUCAUCAAUCAGAAACAAGCUCGACUCACUGUUGUUGAUAAACAAAGUCGGAAAUUGUUGUACGAAAAGAGGAAGCACAACAUAAAUAAAGGCAUGAAAGAAGAAAGUUGGGCAGACGUAAACUUCACGUGGUUCCCAUUAGUAAUGGUCAUCACUGGAGGAGCGUGA